AUGGAAAAAGACGCUAGGGUACUAAUCCAUUGGGUGCGGAAAUGGAAUGUAAUAAAUGAUGCUCUCAUUUACUUUGCGAAUAGUUCUCACGCACUACAUUCUUUUUCAGUUAGUAAUCAUAACGGUAUCUGUGAGAGCAAUAAUGAGAAUAGUAAUGAAAAACUAAACUCUUUUUCUCUAUUGGAAUCAAGAGAAGAUACGAAUAACAAUAAUUUGGUAUCUACACAAGAAGAUGAAAGAAAUCAAGGGAAAAAAGAAACAAGUGAAAAACAUGAGGAAAAAACUUCUUUUACAGAAGCAGCAGAUAUUGGAAAUAUAUCGAUGCUUUAUGCUGAAGUGUAUGGUAUGGUAUCGAUCUACGGUAAGGUGGGAUUCUGGUCUAAUGCUGUUGUUCUUCAGCAUCUUCUCGCCUCCUCUAUUCGUGCCUGGUUGGAGCAACUGUGUAUAUGCAGUAAUAACCGACUUUGUAUAUAUCCAUUACAGGAUACUGGGGAAUUAACUCCACCACAAUUAUCGUGGUCAACAGAGAUGCUUGAAAGUCUUUGGGAAGAGGCACUGCAGGCAAAUAGUAAAUCAUGGUUACAGUCUGUGGGAAAGUUUGCAGUUGCAGAGAUAAAGAAUUCAUCCAUUUCUAAAAGUCAAAUGGAUAACGAACCAGGUGAUGAUCAUAAUAAUGAUAGUUAUAAAGAUAAUAAUAAUAAUAAUAAUAAUAAUAAUAAUAAUAAUAAUAAUAAUAAUAAUAAUAAUAGUGAUAGUAAUUAUAAUAGUAGUAAUAUGAGAGUCCAUACGAAGGAUGAAGAAGAUGUAAUGGCACUUCAUACACUUGUUAGUUUUUCCUUACAUUAUAUUCGUAUGCGGUGGCUUUUAAAGAUUGUAUUUCUUCGAGUGGAUGUUGAAAUGAAUGAAAUUGCAUGGCGUAUUCUGCGUAGUUCUGUAUUUUUAACACUACAGUAUAAUAAGAUUAUGAUUGAAAAGAUUCUCUGUCAUGCAGCGGAGCAGUGUCUAGUAAAGAAGUGUUUUGAUAAUAAUAAUAAUAAUAAUAAUAAUAAUAAUAAUAAUAAUAAUAAUAAUAAUAAUAAACUCAGAUUAUCAGCAUCAACUUCAGAAGAAGAUAUGGAAGUCUCUUCCUUUCCUUAUCUAUUACAACGUAUUUGGAAAGGUGAUACGUCUCUUAUCUUUCGAGUCUUCACAAUGUUAGAUGACUGUCGGGCUUCUAGCAUUACAAAUGCCGUUACGGAAAGAGUUGUGGAACUCUGCAAACAACAGGGAUUUGAAUUGGCGCAGGUGAAAUUGGGACCUCUCCUUGUUCACACUGGAAAGUGUAAUCCCAAUAAUAUUAAUAAUAAUAAUAAUAAUAAUAAUAGUGAGGAGAUGAAGAAGAAUACACCUACACUAGAGGAUGUUACCGCUUCCUUACAUCAAUGUAUGAAUGCCUUCUUACAACUACGCAGUGCUGUUCUUCUCUUCUUUGGUGGGACCAAACACUUUCUUGAUAAAAUCUCACAACUUGGAAGAGAACGGGCAGCACAGGCCACACGUGCAUUUUCUAUUGGAUUUUGUCAAGGCGAUGUUCUCAUGAAGUUUGUGGAUAUCUGGGCUAUGCCAAUGUGGCUGCAUACAUGCACAGAAGAGUGUAAACGGCCAUUACGAGAUACAGGAAGUUUUCCAUACGACUCUGAUGGGGAACAUCUCAAUAAUAAUAAUAAUAAUAAUAAUAAUAAUAAUAGUGAUAGUUCUGUUAUUUUUCAUUCUAUGAGUGAAGCCCUCUCACAAUUAGGGGAAACAGAAGAGACCUCCCUAAAUGGUACUCAAAGGAGUUAUCAUCAUCAUUAUAAUAAUAAUAAUAAUAAUCAUCAUCAUCAUCAUAAUAAUGAUAAUAACAGUACUAGUUCAGUACCUCCACAUCCUGGAUUGGCAACCCUUAUCUUUUUUAUUAGUCCAGAACUUCGUUUACUUGAAGAGUUUGAAUUACACUUUGCGGUGGCGGUCCAACAACACCUGGAGGAUCUUCUGGCGAAGGAACAAGGUGUAAGUGAGACUCCACGUUCUCUCCCACGUGAGGUUUAUCAAUGUUGUGUAUUUCUUCUUAAAAUGACGAAUCAAAUGCUACAGCCAAUUGCAGCUGGAGGAAUCUACGCAACACUUCGGGCUGUGCGAAAAGGUAUACAAACCUUUUUUCUUCGCCGUGAACCCUCCGUGAUUCUCACCUUGGCAAGUGCAUUAUAUACACAAGUGGUGCGAGAUACCGCGGUAGAUGCGGGUCAUCUUGAGAUUGUGGAUACUAUUCUUGAACUUGUUUCUCUUCUUCACUCGAAAGAUCUCUUUAUUGACUGUUAUGCCGGUCUGUUGGCACCAAGACUUAUGAAGAUGCGACAGGUAACGGAAUUAGAGGUGGAUACGGAAGUUAUUUCACGUUUAUCGGUUCGAUUAGGGAAUUCAUUAGCCUCUGAUCUCUUUGCAUUAUUGCGGGAUGUGCGAGGAAGUAUGAUAGAUGUUUGUUGUGUUAAUGCUACUAAUACUACUGUGAUGGAAGAUUCAUCUCCAUUUAUGGAUGAUGUACGUGUUCUCUGUAGUGCUAGAUGGGAAAAGUAUACACCUGUUAUGAUACGAUUGACAGAGAUGCAAUUACACUUUCAGACAGAAGGAUGGUUUGAUGAAAGUAUGUUAAAGACGGUGGAAGUGUUUGAGAAGUGUUAUGAUGCCUAUAUGCAUAAAAGUUCAUCCACUCUGGAAGAUGGGAGAAAUAAUCUCUUUAAUAAUAAUAAUAAUAAUAAUAAUAAUAAUAAUAAUAAUAAUAAUAAUAAUAAUAAUAAUAUGAAUAAUAAUGAUGAUAGUAGUAGGAACCCACCGCAUCAUUAUAAUAACCUUCAGUACUCCAAUACCAAUCAUAACCAUCAUAUUAUUACCAAUACGAAUAUUUCUCAUUAUAAUAACAGUAACAACAACGAUAAUAAUAAUGAUAAUAACAGUCAUUAUUAUUAUUAUCAUGACAACAGCAACAAUAACAAUAACAAUAUGAACCGUGAAAGUAGAUUACCUGCAUCUCUGGUUUCUCCCAUGGGAGUCGCAUCCACAACUACACAUCGUGGAGUUCAGCGACGACUUCUCUCGUGGUCGUUGGGCGCUGGAACUCUCACAGUUGUUUGUCAUGCCGCACAAAUAGAAAAAGAUGAGCCGGAGAGUACUGUGCAGAUCACCAUGCCGCCUGUUGGAUUACUAUUACUGCAGGCAUUAGAGCGACAGGAUAGAUUGUGUAGUACAGACACAGACACAAGCAGAGCUCUCACAUUUGAGGCACUAUAUUCUUUAUUACCCGUGAAAGUACCAAAGCCACUUUUUGGGGUACUGUUGAGUGGAUUGGUCCGACAUGGCAUCGUUCGCAGACACUUCCACAGUGAAGAGGAAACAGACACUAAUAAUAAUAAUAAUAAUAAUAAUAAUAAUAAUAAUAAUAAUAAUAAAAGAGUCGGUGUGAAUGGAAAGGGUUUCUACACGUACACUCUACCAUCUAACUUCACGGCUUGCAAAAAGCGAAAGAUUGUCAUUGAUGCGGCGGAUGCCAUUCAUCAUUGGGUCCCACACGCACAGGAUCCCCGCGGUGAGGGCAAAUCCUCUGUGAAUGCCCUCAGUGGAAUGGUGGAUGUGGAGCGAAUGAAGAAACUGGAGGCCUGUAUUGUGCGGAUAAUGAAAAGUAAACGUCGACUCUCUCACGUGAGUCUCUUCAGUUGUGCGGCGGAGCAGUUGGGAAUGCAGUUUGCGGUCACGGGGCCCAUGUUGAAGUCGUGUCUGGCGGAAUUGAUUGAACGGGAGUUCCUUGCACGGGAAGGGACGGAUAAUUAUAUCUACAUUGUGUGA